AUGCCUGGAGCACAAGAGCUAGCAAGCGCAAUACUUAGUGCAACCGAGAACUCGAUCGUUCCCCUGACGGCGGAGCAAGUCUCUCAAGGGUCCAAGCUGUUCGGCGCUGCAAUCCUAGACAGAGCGUCGCUAUCGACAGUUAUUGCCGAGACCAACAACGAGCGAGAGUCGCCACUGCUACACGGCGAAAUAAAUUGUAUCCAACAAUUCUUCAAGAUCCCUAAAGAAAGUCGGCCAGAUACCAAAGAUUGUGUAUUUUUCGCAACACAUGAGCCAUGCUCUUUGUGUUUGAGUGGGAUUACAUGGUCUGGGUUCAACGAGUUCUACUAUAUGUUCACCUACGAGGAUAGCCGAGAUCUGUUUGCAAUUCCUUACGAUAUCGACAUUCUGCAAUCAGUAUAUCAAGUCGCUUCGCCUGGGGAUACUGAGGAAACUCUGGCAGCCAAACCACUGUACAAUCGGCAGAACAAGUUCUUCACCGCGAGGUCUCUCGCCGAUCUCAUCGACUCGGUGGAAGAUCCGGAGGCUCAGUCAAAGUUGAAAGCGGAACUCGUACGAGUGAAGAAAUUAUAUGACUCCCUGAGCGCAACUUACCAAGAAGGAAAGAAAACGGGCACAGCCUCGAGCAGUUUCUUUUCAUAG